CUUGCCUAUAAUACUACAUUAAAUAGCCUUAUACAAUUGUUGUUGAAACCUAUCAACGGGCCGAAGGAAGCUUCAAAUUUUCUACUUUGAUCUGUUGCAUAAAUCUCAACUUCAAAUUGGCUUAUUAGUGGACAUGAUCUAUGUUCAACAGUGAUGAUGAACCGUUGGCUUUCAAAAAAAUGCAUGAAUUUUCCACAGUGGACGGCUUUGUAGAGAUAACUGAAUCCUUGGCGGACAUGAUAAAGUUCAUUGCAAAUGAGCCCUCUGUUGGGCUUUUCUAUAUUCAACAGCAUUCCCAGAAAGCAGCGCCCAACCUUGUAAAUCUCAAAAACAGUAUUGAGGAAAAAUCCCGUGAAAUGGCACUUCACACGGAAGAUUCAGAUGAUUCCAUCACCGUGAUCAGGUCGAUGAAAGAGUGUGGACUUCCAAUUGCUAAUGGUAUGAUCAAAGAUCUCAGGCAUACCCUGGCUGUCAUUUCAAAGAAACAACCAAAGAAGGGAUUAAUUAGCGGACCCAGUUCAAGUUUCCCAGUUGGUAUAGCUACCUCUUGGAGUCCUUCCACCUGGGUUCGCAAUACUGUUUCAGAAGAGGAUGAUAAGAGGACAGCUGGAUAUCUCUCGAAUGUUUUUCAGUCCGCAAAACAAAAGGCUAGUAACUUCAAAUGGCCUCAGUUAGAGACCGAAGAAACUCAGCCAGCCAAGAGUGAACCAUCUUCAUCAGACAAGGAUGAACCAUCUGUGACUCGUACUAAUGACGCGCUAUUAGCUGCCGAUGUGAGCUCUUCGUCCUCACUUGGACGGGCCAAUAGUGAAGACCAACAAGAACAGGUAAACAAAAGCAUGUCCUAUGAUCAACUGCUGUCUUUAACUGAAAACUUUGAUGAAUUCAAAGCUGAUAAAGAAGCGAAACUAGAAGAGUGGUUGGGAGGGACAUUGAAAUCAUAAUGCCGGUCCAGAGAAUAAGGAAAGCUGAAGUCCUUUAGCUCGAUUGAACUCUUAAACAUCGACGAUACUUUUCUUAUGAAGGAAACUCUCUUCCUGUAUCAUGAUUUAUGUACUUUAUUAUACUAGAUGAAAAAUGUACAAGUGAGAGUUCAUUGUAUAAGUGGAGUGUGUAAAGUUGUCUCCGUGUGACCUAUAGGUUGCUCUGGAUAAGCUGUCUACAGCACACCCUUUAGAGGUGCUGCCCUUUCCCCCAGACCCUGCGUGAAUACAGGGUACUCAAUGCAUCGGACUGCCUUUUUUUUGUCCUAGUUGUGUUUGUACAUUGAGGAAUUUAUUGACUGUAAACUGCUUUAGCUUAUUAUUAUUGUGUUCUGAAUAAUCAGUUUCAUGGUCCAAAUAUGAAACCAAAUAAUACUAAGGGGUCAUUUGGUUCGUA